AUGUGGGAUGUAAGUGAACGGGCUGUGGGCCAUAUAUCUGCUAGGAUCAGAGACAUCUGCGCAGAAGAUUUGCGACGACGCCCUGUAAUACCAUUCGGAGGGCCCGGCAUUGUCUGCCAGAUAGACGAGAGCAGAUUCAACCACAAGCCAAAGUACAACCGUGGAAGACCGCCAAUGCGCGAAAAUUGGGUGUUUGGCGUGCUAUCCACCGCCUAUUCCCCUUCCAGAGGAUAUUUCCAGCUUGUUCCACGGAGAGAUGCCGAGACGCUCCUCCCAAUCAUCCAACGAGCGCUACUUCCGGGCUCCACGGUCCAUUCCGAUGAUUGGGCGGCGUAUAGACGCCUUCAGGCCCGAUUGCCAAAUGUCGUGGCCAAUCAAGGGGUUGUUGUACACCGGUACAAUUUUGUCGAUCCGAUAACCGGUGUACACACCCAAAACAUCGAAUCUUUAUGGUCCCGCCUUAAAAGCACAGUAAAAGAACGGCGGGGGAUUCGCAGGGUGCACCUCCAGAGUUACCUCGACGAGCAGACCUGGAGGGACUGGCGCGCUUCUAACAGGGGUACCUUCUAUCCCUUCCUUGGUAUCCUCCGUCAACAGUUUCCCGUAUAA